UCUAAAUUCGAUAACUGAAUCGCUGUCAGAAACUAUCCAUGACGGUGCUGCUGCCCUCCUUCAUUGCUGACGGCAACUGGUUCCUGCUGGCUCUGGCCGCGCCCGUGGCUGCUCUUGGAGCGCUGGUGCAUCCUCGCUGGCGUGUGCACUUCGGUGAUGUCUCUCGACGGAGCACCAAGCGACUAUACCUACUGUGGGGGCUGCUGAUACUCAGCGCGAUACUUGCCGUCUUGGGGGUCUCACUCGAGGUUUACCACUCGCGUGGCUGCCCUAAUAGCGCCGUGUUCCGCUACGAGAUCGAGAACUUGGCUCGAUUCGUCUACCAGCUGUGUACACGCGCCCACUUGCCGUACUGGGCGGCAUUCGGCAACUUGCUGUUCGUCAUGCGCGGCCAGCGCCGCAUCCCCGUAGGAGACACAGACUCGGACAUUGGCGUGGUCAAGACGGACUUCAUGCAGCAAUUCGGCAGCGUCAGUAACUUUUCGGAAGUUGUACGGCGUGAGGCUUAUAUGGAACUGCAGAGGCCUGUGUAUGUGGUGUACCACACGGAACGGGAACUCGUGCAGAUUUACUUGGACGAAGCAACCAAGGGCUCCCACGCAGAUAUUUGGUUUUAUCGAGAAGAGGUAGACGAGGAGAGCGGCACGAAGUGGCUGGUCAAUGACGACCGUACUAUAAGAGGGAAGUGGUUGUUGUACGACCAAGUGCUGCCGCUUCACGAGGAGCCGGCGUUCUUCCUGAAUGUUCCUGUGACUGUGCCGAGAAAUGCGAGUUACCUGGCAAGAGCCGAGUAUGGAGCGAACUACAUGACACCGAUCACUAUGAGGAUGGAAUGCAUAGAGAAUAUGAUCAAUGGGUACACGUUCUACAAGACAACGUUCCUGACGAAACUCCGUUAUGCGACGACGUUCUUGGCGCUGGUUGCAGCGGUAACACUCCUCGCUGCGAACUACAUCCCACCGCUAAGCAGAGCUUUGCACAUUAAAAAGGGAGGGAAGUCAGGCCACAGUGCAUGGCUCGAGGCGGCCCAACGAGGGUCUGACAAGUAUUUUGUUUAACCUUUUUCUAAAAAGCAUUAUCGAUUAAGGACAAGAAAUUCCAAGUGACUAUGGUGAUCUUUAGUACUUGUUGCUACGGUUGCCUUUGCCCUUGCCUUGACGAGUGUUACCGGUCUGUGUGGACGUAGGAACCAUGAGAGGAGGGAUCUUUGGGGGUCCUUGCAACAGC